AUGAACAACUAUCAGUAUGGCUCAAUCAACGGCCAUAACAUCGUUAUCGCCUGCAUGCCUCCAGGCAUGCCCGGAAACGUCUCAGCCACACAUCUUGCCACACAUUUGAGGCGGAAUUUCCCCAACGUGAAGACGCAUCUUUUUGUUGGCGUUGGAGGGGGCAUUCCGAGUCUGUAUUCGGAAGGAUCUCCUCGGGCGACUGAAAAAGAUGUGUUUCUCGGUGAUGUCGUUGUUGGAUGUCCAGAAAAUCCCGAGAUCCCAGCCGUCAUAACCCACGAUCUGCGUACAACUCAGACCCCUGAUAGAGGAAUCGUGGCUAAGUUGGGGACGGUGCUGAGAAACUACGAACAGGGAAAUACUCGUUUUGAUGAGCACCUUCGGCGACUCGAUCGCCUGACCGGAUUUGGCCACCCUGGCCGUAGGAAUGAUCUGCUGUACGAGUCAGACUUCGGCUGCAGUAGCUCGGAAGAUUACACAAACGCACACUCCCUAUGCGACUGCGACAACGGGCGCCUGGAAAAGCGGGCGCAACGAAAGGCUCCCGGAACAAGCUUCAGUUUCCACCUGGGUACCAUCCUGUCCGCCAACAGGUUCGUAUCCAAUGCCAAAGAGCGCGAUGAGAAGCGAAAACAAUACCCAACUGCGCUUUGCUUCGAGAUGGAGGCUGCAGGUGUGAGCGACACCCAUGCAUUGGUUAUCCGUGGUAUCUCCGACUAUGCCGAUUCGCAUUCAAACAGGAGAUGGCAGAAGUAUGCUGCAGGCGCUGCUGCUGCAUUUGCUAGGGAGCUAAUCGUCACGAUGGCUGAGAUGGAGUUGCCUGACGAGUCGCGCAUUGACGCCACAAACGAAAAAUCCCGCUGCUUUACGUUCAACAGCAUCAGCAUGAACAACAAUUACUUCCUUAACAAGAGCAACAAGGACCUGUGGGAACAGAUGACGGUGGGGGGGCUGUCCAUAUAUGAGAUCAUAUAUCUCGAAUGUGUAGAUGAAAGUCGUACAGUGACAAAGGAGAAGCUGCAACAGCGGUUUCCAAACUACCUGCAAGAAUGUGUUUCCACCACCUGGGACAUGAUCUCAAGAGGGCAAGAGCGCUUGUACAAAGGAAUGACUCUUGCAGUCAUAUAUAUUAACGAAGAGGAAGGGAAGAAGCGUCGGUACAUUCUUAGACGGUUCGGCGUCUGGGCCAACUGCAACUGCGGUGACUCGUUCUGCCCAUGUCUCUGGAACUUUGCCAACAACACCGGACUUUGCCGAAAUCCGGUCGACACUUGCGCAGUAUAUCAGUUCGUUCAGACUAUGGCUCCGCAAUCGGAGGACGGUAAAAUGGAGAUCUCGACAAGUUACGAACUGGACAAAUUUUUGGCACUCCGGCGUAUGUGGGAAAGUACAGAGGGUGAUCCUACAGGUGAGGAAACGACAUCCGUUGAAAUCUUCAAGGAGAGCGCAUCCACGCAUCCGCCACCGCCAUACCGCUAUUGA